AAGUGGCGCAUGCGCAGUAUUCUUUUCUAAAAAAUAACAGCCAAGCUAGCGCCCUGCUAGAGAAAGAAGUCAACGGGUUCCACCUAAAACACGCGUAGAAAUGUUUCGGCGAAAGCUGACAGCUCUAGAUUAUCACGACCCAAACGGAUUCGACUGCACAGAUGACUCACAGUUCAGGAACUGCGUCGUGUGGCUGGAAGACCAGAAGAUUCGACACUAUAAGAUCGAGGACCGAGGCAACCUGAGGAACAUCCACAGCUCGGACUGGCCCAAAGCUUACCAGAAGUACCUGCAGGAUGUGAGCUGUCCAUUCGGGGUUCCGGACCGGCAGGAGGCUUUGGACUGGUUACUGGGCCUGGCUGUGCGCUAUGAAUACGGAGACAAUGUGGAGAAGUAUAAGAACUGCCCAACGCUGGCUGCCUCCAGUGCCAGCGACCAAGCAGUGGACCCGCUGGUCAACCUGGACGUUAAUUCACCAGAUUUCAAAGCAGGAGUCACAGCUCUGGCCAACAUCCUCAAAAUACAACGGCACGACGACUACCUGGUUAUGCUCAAGGCUAUUCGUAUCCUGAUCCAGGAGAGACUUUCUCCGGAAGCCAUCGCUAAAGCCAACCAGAACAGAGAGGGCAUCCCAGUGACUUUAGACAAGCACGUCCUGGGCUUUGACACGGGAGACGCGACUCUGAACGAAGCGGCGCAGAUCUUACGCCUGCUGCACAUCGAGGAGUUGAGGGAGCUGCAGACGAAGAUAAACGAGGCCAUUGUAGCUGUUCAGGCCAUUAUUGCUGACCCCAAGACAGACCACAAGCUGGGCAAAGUGGGCAGAUGAGAGUGAGGAUGAAGAGAGCAGAGACUGAACCACAGGAGUUAUAUUUUAUUUUUGAUUUGAGAAAUUGGUUUGCAUUUUUUUCUCUUGCAUGACGUCAAACUGAUCUAAUUGGGAACUAGGAGCAUUGUGAGAAAACACUGACAUUUUAAGUGCAGCAUUUUAUUUACAGCAGCAACCAUGAAACGUGUUGCAUUUAUAUUUGCCCAUUUUUUUUUUGCUCAAGUUCUUAUCGUCUACAGAGACAAAGGCCGGACAGAGAAGACUCUGAAAUGCUGAAACGGUUUUCUUUCUGUUUUGUUCAUGAAAUGGUCCUGCUAAAAUGGUUUAAAUUAAAUACUGUGUGGUAAAACUCAUAAAUGCAGCUUAACAGA